AUGUCACCACCACUUGAGCAAGGACCCGCCGUUGUGCUCGACCUCGCAAGAGAGGCAGUCUUUGCGCUAACGACUGUCGCGAACCCCACGCCAACCGACGUAUCGAUCCCCCUCGCCACCGCGAACUUGCUAGCCACCGCCGCCGCCGUAGCAGUAGCUACCGCGACGAGUAUCCCGAUCGCGGGUGACGAUGACGACACCGACGACGAUGACUAUACCGGCGAGUGCCGCCUCCUGGGCUCCUUUGCCCUCAUUGUGCAGGCAGCUCUCGGCGGCCUUGCCAUGAUGUCCCUGGUGUACAAGCGAUGGAGGGAACGACCGCAGCGACCCGUGUUGAUUUGGUUCUUCGACGUUUCGAAGCAGGUGUUUGGCUCCGUGCUGGUUCAUAUCGCCAACGUCUUCAUGUCCAUGCUCACGUCGGGACGCUUUACUCUACAGACGCCACAGCCUGGCAUCGGACCCAUGGAGAGGAUGCUGCUGCGUAGGGAUGGAGACGGGUAUAGUCCGAACCCGUGCUCCGCCUACCUACUGAACCUGGGCAUUGACACGACACUCGGCAUCCCCAUCCUAAUCUACCUCCUCCGUCUAUUCACCGGCCUCGCCUCCCUCACAUCCUUCGGCCAGCCUCCCGAAUCCAUCCAGACAGGCAACUAUGGCUCCCCACCCAACUGGCGAUGGUGGCUCAAGCAAUCCCUCCUCUACUUCUGCGGCCUCUUCGGCAUGAAGCUCGUCGUCCUCGUCAUCUUCGUCCUCUUCCCCUGGGUCUCCCACAUCGGCGACUGGGCCCUGGGCUGGACCGAAGGCAACGAGAAGCUGCAAAUCUUCUUCGUCAUGAUGCUCUUCCCCCUCAUCAUGAACGCCCUGCAAUACUACAUCAUCGACUCGUUUAUCAAGUUGCAGCCGCCCCGCGAGCACGAGCGCGUCCCCGGCGAGGAGCUCGACGACGACAACGAUGAUCAGAGGAGACGCCGCUCGUCGGCCGGCCUCUACGACGCGGAAAAUUUCGAGACUAGCUCCGACGAUCUCAGUACCGAAAAUGAUAAUACGUACGGCGUGCGCAUGCAUAGGUCUAGAUCGCGGCCGAGUUACGAGUCGGAUGGUGAGGCUGACGGGGAAACCCUGGUGCGGGGCAGCGGCUCCAGCAGGGGGAGUGAGCGCGGAAGCUUGCUGCCGACGAGUCUCUAUCCUAAGGAGUAG